CCAGCUGAACGGACGCUACGUCGCGACCUCGCGUCAUAAUAGCGCGGGAUACGACUCGAGACUUACGAGUGAAGUGAAAUAGUGAACUCACAAUCUAAACUAUUUUUUUAUUAAUUUAAUAUCGUAAGUAUAUUCAUUAUAAACUGUUUUUAUUUUGAGUUUUUACAAUCUACUGAACUACAUGAGUAGCUGAAAACUUUUCGUCGAUUUUUUUUUGGUCCUUCUUCAGACCGAGUCAUCACUACAAUAAAAUUACGAAACCGGACGUUGACUACACACUGAGCAAAAUUUAUGAAUCAAAACAAUGUGGACCUAAAACGAAAAUAUUACUCAAAAAUAACAAUGUGCCAUCAACUGUGAAACCCAGUGGUCAUAAACAACGCGCGGCUGGACAAAGGAGUGACAGUGAAAAUGUGUUUAAAAAGAUAAAAAUGGCAAAAAUAAUUAGGAUGUGAAACAUGUUGGAAUGCGUGCGCGGCGCGAGCACAGUGGUACGCGCGCCGGCCGCUCGUGGACACAGCCCGCCGCCACGCGCCCUCCUGCUACUGCUCGCCUUGCUGCAUUGUGCCAGGCUGGCGGUGUGCGGUGGGUCGCUGGGCGCGGCGCUAGUGUGCGCGCGGGCGCCGGGACUGACGGAGCGACAGCGCGCCAUGUGUCGCCAGUCACCUGCUGCUGUCGCCGCCAUUGGAGACGGACUCAGGAUGGCGUACGCGGAGUGUCGGCUGCAGCUGGCGGGGCGGCGGUGGAACUGCUCGGGCGUCGGAGACGGACAUCACUUCGGACACGUCAUGCCCAUGGCUACAAAAGAGGCAGCGUUUACGUAUGCGAUCACGUCGGCGGGUGUGACGCAUGCGCUGAGCGCGGCGUGUGCGCGGGGAGACCUGCCGGCCUGCCAGUGCACCUCCAACCGACGGCGUGGUACGUCAACGUCGGAGCAGUUCGAGUGGGGCGGCUGCGGCGAGGGCGCGUACGGCGCGCGACUGGCGCGGCGCUUCCUGGACGCGCGCGAGCUCGAGCGGGACGCGCGCGCUCUCAUGAACCUCCACAACAACCGCGUCGGCAGGAAGGUGAGCCAGAUAGUGAAGGACCUGGUGCGCCGCGAGUGCAAGUGCCACGGCGUGUCGGGGUCUUGUGCGGUGCGCACGUGUUGGCGCGCGCUGCCGCAGUUCCGCGCCGCGGCGGCCGCGCUGCGCGACCGCUACGACCGCGCCAAGCUCGUCGCGCCGCACCCGCAGCGACACGCGCGGCAACAACCGCCGCAUCACACGCACCUCGUGCUCGUGCGGAGACAGAAGCAGAACCCGGGCGUGGUGCGGGUGCCGCGCAAGUCGGACCUCGUGUUCCUGGAGCCGUCGCCCUCGUACUGCGAGCGAGACGACGCGGUGGGGUCAUUCGGGACACACUCGCGAGUCUGCAACAGAACCUCCAGAGGCGACGACGGGUGCGAGUCGCUGUGUUGCGGGCGCGGGUACAGCACGGUGCGGCGCGUGCUGGAGUCCAAGUGUCGCUGUCGGUUCCACUGGUGCUGCCGCGUCACCUGCGACACAUGCGUCGCGCGCACAGAGACACACGUCUGCAACUGACUAUUGACUAAGUAUUUAUACACGCCACGAGAUUGUGAAUAUUUGUGAUAACGACAUAAUAAUAGAUUGUAAGAAUAAAAUUAUUGUUUUAUCAAAUAAGUCAGUGUGAAUGAACUUGCCUUGUAUUGUACAGCUGUCGAUGUAAAUGUAUGUAAGUGCAGCAGGGCGCGGCGGCCGACGACUCUUCACGUAACAUUACUCGUAACUUGUAACCACCGACACUCACUCACAUUCCCGUCGCCCGCGCCACGCAUUGUCUGUCGAAAAUAUGUCAUUAUGUUACUUAUUGGUCGAUACUUAUAUUUCUAGUGUCGGAACAACUGCCUAAUUAGAUGGUCUAACGAGCCCCAAUUAUUAUCCCAGAAGAAAAGAAAAAUGUUCACUUUCUACUUGAUUUAAAGUCCCCGAAGCAGGCGCUUGAGCCAAGUGCGGCCCUGUUUAUCUGUUUGAUCUGUUUCAAUAGAAAUGGAUGCAAAAUGUUUGUACAACUCCACCAAGUGUCGAAUGGCUUCACCCAAUUGAUGUUUUUUGUUAUUGUGUGAAAUAAACCUUAUGUUGGUAAAUACUACUUAUACUUAACAUAUUCCGUCUGUCAAUGAGUAUCAAGUAUCGACCUGUACACUAGCACCAAUCUCUAACCGAUUGUAUACUUGUGUAGAACUCACUGUUUCCGACUAGUACCUAACUGAUGUCGCUUCAAUGAUGCGUUGUAAAUAAUUUUAUUAAUAGUUAAUAAUUAUGUGACAUUCAUUUUAUUGUACAAUUUAAUACAAAAUCCGUCUGCAACAAUUGAUAGAAUUUUUCGAGCAAUUUAUGUCUUAUAAAUGAUUUAGACACUCGCAGGGCAACGUGUGCUGCCUGCCUUAUGUUAGGGUGCAACUAAAUAGUUCUUUUUAUAAUUUUAUGUAAAUGCUUAUUUAUUAACUGAUUAUUAUUUCUCUAAAUAAAAAUAAAUAUUGCAAUAUCACUUACUAUGCAAAAGAAUUGUUUACUAUCAUUGUGUUAAACUCUAUGAGUUGUUGUAUUGCACCGACACCAUGGUGCGUGUAGUGUGGCGCGCUACGAGAGUGCUUACUUCGAAUGUAUUAUCGAUUCAAUCGCUUUAACGUUAGAGACGAGACAGCGACAGUACAAGAGUGCAAGUGCUGCACAAACCGUAGAUAACGUUAAGGAGAUCGAAUUACUGAACAACUCGCACUACACGCUCUAAAAGUCUAGAGGAAAAGUUUAACUUAUUAAUUGACGACAGUGCCGCGAGGCGACCACUGCCGCGCGCCGAAUAAACCUCUACCACGAA